AUGAGCUUUAUCGCUAUGGAAUCCGCAGAAAAGGAUGCUAUGGGAAAUUCAAUGUCUGAAAAUAACUAUAAUCAGGAAAAUAGGUCAGAUACUGGGUCAGAAGAAGCGUCUCUCAGCCGGCUUCCGCCCGACUUGCCCAACGAUCUGACACAGGAACUCAACGGAGAGCAUGUCCACGCAACUGAAAACCCAGAAACUCAAUUUCAAUCAGACAAGGCACUCCAAAGCUCCAAAAACCUCAUCGAUAAUCCAAACCUAAAACUAGACAUGCCCGACGCGCUAGACCACGAAAACUUCUCCAAGCUAUUAGAACUGGAUUCUAAAAACGACGACGAUUUAUUUUCGUCAGCAGAUUUGUUAGAUCAUGAUAUACCGGAAGACCUGGACAAAUUAGUAGACGAAAGCACAAACGAUUUGCAGCAUAACGCUACUGCCGCAAGCCCGAGAAGCGUAAAAGAGCUAAGCGAAGAGCUACAACGUGGUGUCUCUGAAUUACAGCAUUCACAGCAGCCGUCAGAACACGCUGAGCAAUCCUUUCGAGAAACAUCCCGAUCCUUGGGCGGUCUUGAUAUGAAUGCGGAAGCUGACUUGUCGUCUUUGCAUGACGAACCGUCGACUCUCACAAAAGAGUUAUACAACUCGGGUACUUUAUCGGCUGGUGCUGGAACACGAGAAGAUACGCCCUCCGCGAUUUUCGAGGCGAAGCACGAAGAUGACUAUGACGAACACAUAAAACAGGAUCCCCUGUCGCCCUCCAAGUUUCAGGGUAUGUCCCUGCCGCCUCCUCCGCUACCUGAGAAUGCGGUCAAUAAACAACCGCCUUCUGCCAAUGACAUAAACUCUCAGCUUGCAAUGACUGAGUUCCAAGACCCUGCAACUACUGAUUCUGAGCAGUCCAAGAUAUCUGCAUAUGCCAGGCUGGAUUUUCAAAGCUUUACGUUUUACGUGCAGACCUUACAAGUUAUCAUCGGACGUCGUUCGGAAAACGAUUUUUCGCAUAAGGUCGAUGUAAACCUCGGACCUUCGAAGUCCAUUUCAAGAAGACAUGCGCAAAUAUUUUACAAUUUUGGAACCGGACGAUUUGAACUUUCGAUUAUGGGUAAAAACGGUGCUUUUGUUGACGAUGCUUUUGUCGAGAGAGGUAUCACGGUACAGCUCAAGAACAAGGCUAAAGUUCAGAUAGGACAAAUCCCCUUCCAGUUCGUGCUACCUGACCAAGAAGGUAAAGAGAGAAAGGCUGUUGAGCCUAUCGAUGCGUCAUCUUCUCUGAAAACAGAACUCAACGAUAAAUUUCCUGAGAUUUCAAGGAGCUCAACUUCAAGUACAUUACAAGCAGAUGUUAAGGAUCUAGCCAAAAAGGAAGAGGUAGAGGUACCGCCUCCAAAAAAGAAGAUCCCGCCGAAGAAAAAGGAAAAGAAAGAGGCAAAACCUCCUAAACCGCCCAAGAAAGUCUACACGCUAGAGGAGAUUCCACUCGAAUACAGGACAAAACCUGCAGGUUCCUAUUCGAAUCUCAUUACAGCAUGUUUACGGAAGUACUCAAGUCCGAAAGGUAUGUCUCUUUCGGGAAUUUACGCUGGCAUCAGGGAGCUGUUUCCAUAUUACAAGUAUUGUCCUGAUGGUUGGCAAAGUUCCGUCAGACACAACCUGUCCCUCAAUAAAUCAUUCAGAAAGGUAUCCAAGGAAGGGAAAGGAUGGCUUUGGGGUCUAAACGAAGAAUACAUUGCAGAGAGAGAAAAGCAGAAGAAGAAACAAGCAGAGGCAGCAGCAAUGAAAGCUAAAGCCGCUCAAUUAAAGCUUGAGCAACAACAGCAUCAAAAAAUCAAAAGGCCAUCUUCAGGGGACAUGGCUGUUUCCUCCAGCGUGCAAAUAAUGAAUUCGAAGCCCAGGCAACCUAAUAUUUCUCAGACUCUAGCAGCUAAUCGGGCCGAUAGAAAGGCAACGGCAGACGGGAAUCAAAGGACAAUGAAAUAUCUGCAAGAGCAACUCAUGAUUCUUACAAAGGACCGCAAAGGGUUGGAUAAACAAGUCAUAGCGAGUAUUUUAACUCAAGCCCUAGCGAUGACAAUUAACCAAGUCACGCAGGCUGCGAAAUCAAAGGGAAUUACUGGUAAUCCCCUUACCGCUCUUAUUGAUAAGAAUCCUCAGCACUUAAAUUUGAUCUUGGCAGCCGCGGUGAAUGCCGCUACGAUAAAGGUUACAAACGGAUCUGUGAAGCAACUGGUAACAAUGCCACCACCCACCGCAACAAACGGGAGCACUGUUAAUAGUUCGACAAACACGCAGGUAAAUUCACCGAGUACAGCUUCAGCAGUCCAGCCUCCUGUUCCUGCAUCUCAACCAUCUGGUCAAACUUCUGAAUCGUUUGAUCCCAGCUCUCUAUCAAAGUUCUUUCAACCCAAGCAGCCGUCGCGAGUUGCAACGCCAAAUCCCACGAGGAAUGUUUUGCCUCAGAAGAGAGCUUCUAGCGAGACCGAAUCAAGCUCUGGAGAAGAGUCCUCCAGUGAGGAUGGCAGUGAAACGGAAGGAAGUGACGAUAGCGAUACAUCAGGAAGUUCGGAUAACGAAAACAGUAGCAGUGGGAAAGAUUCUUCAAGUGACGAAGGAAGUGACGAAGAAUGA